CCCUGAAGGCCCCUGUUCCUCCAAGUCUUGCAAGCAAGGCAUGAGGUGUCUGGUGACUGGAUCUGAAAAGGCAGCCUGUGUUGAAGAACCUGGUGGCAUGCGUCAGCCAUGUGUGGAUGACAACGACUGCUACAUCAAUGGUUCCUUGUGCUACAAGGGACGGUGCAUGUGCACGCCAGGUCUCAGCUACCACAAGGCGGGACAAGCAUGUGUCAGGAGGUGCAGGGUGUAUGGGAAGAUCAUGUCUGUUUACGAAGAGCUGUCCAUAACAGGGCACAAUGAUUUCGAAUCGCGAUCCACACCAAAUGCAAAAUGCAUGCAUAUGUGUACGGCUGAAAAAAGCUUUUUGUGUUUGAGUGUGGACAUGACUUCAACUGGCAGCUUUUGCCACCAGUCUAGUUCCGGGUACCUUGACGUUAGCAAAAGCGACAGACAAUCUGGAGAAGUUGGUUGGCUGUUUGGAACCCGAGAUUGUGAAUACCCCUAAAUAAUGCUAUUGUCUGUUGUGUGUUCAAGUAGUUUUCCCGUUGUGUUUGUUGCUGGUGUAUGGACGUGAAAUCCCUCUUGACCACAAUGAACCAAAGUAGGUGACGUCAUCUAUUAAUGCCAGAACAGUUUUCAGUCAUUUUGGAAAUUAAAUGUCACAUGUAAAACAUACACUAUCUAUGA